AUACAUCUCUGUAUGCUUCCCGUAGUGUUGAUCCGAAAAUCGAAAACGGAUUCCCAUCGGAGCAGAUAGUUCUCCACCCUUUUGGCGAAAAUAAGUCAACUUUUCACACAAAAUUCCACCGAAACGUGAUGCCGUGGAUUGGUGUUAGCCGUUAGUCCACCGGGCGAUAGUUGGUGAUCCGGAAAAAGGUUCGAUUAAGGUGAUAGUGGACGCAUUUUAAAACUCGCCAGUGAGCUCAACAAAGACUGAUUCAUUCACAUCAUUACGGAGAAGAGGCCACUCAGUGGCCAGGUGAGAGAGCGAGAGGGCAGCACAAGGUGCGAUAGAUUCGAAAGAGGUGUCUUCUCCGGUGCUUUGAGUAACAUCUUCGCCAGUCGUAGGCUCGCCUUGCAUACAUGCUCGUGUAUGGUGUAUGAUGGUAUGCUUCUAGCAGCAGAAAAAAGGUACCAUCAGGCAGGAAAGAAACGGACGAGUGAGAGAGGUCAAGGGAAAACAAAAUUGCCCUCUUCUUCCGUACGGGGCUUCAUGUGCCGUAUAAUACACCUUUGAGUCCGAUCCCCAUUGAUGGGUGUUUCGUCGCUGUGAACGGUGCCGUCACCCUAUUAACACACUGAAAAGGUGCUCCGCGGAGGUUGUAGGAAGCGUGUGUGUUGGUGCAAAAACAGUGAAAGCAUCAGCUUUAAGCGAAGGAAUUAUUUUGAAGAUUUCAGCGGCUGACGUGAAGUCGAUACCAGAUUAUGAGAAUAUUCGAAAUUUUACGAUGAGGCUCUGAGUGAUUCACGAGUUUGAAUCAGCCCCCGGUAGAUAGUGAGCCCUGCUAUCUGCUGUUGCAGUUGAAGGCCUUUGUGAUAGUCCGAUUUAUCAGUAUUCUGAAAGAACAACAAAAGACAUCAUUAGCGAGAAGAAGCAAACAGAGAGAGGCUAUAUUAGUAUCGAUUUUCAUAGGAAACAACACCGCAAUCGCAAUCAUGUCCAAUCACAUCCACACACAGUCCACCGAUGCAGCGUUGAUCGCCAGAAUGCAUCAGAUGAGGCUGGAUGGGGACGGCUCGGGUGCAGGACAACCCAGAAUGGCCCAUCCCCAGCAGUCGAUGAUGUCGGAUGGGAUGUCCAGGGGUAGCCAACAUCUUGCACAGAUGCAGAUGGAAAGCCACUACGUCCCAGUUUCGACGGCCAUCGGGUCCGGGAAUGUUGUGCUAAUGAACGAUCCCCGUAUGUAUCAAGGUCAGAUGCUGGCUUCAACAGCUGGUCGAAAACCAGGAGACAUUGCGCAUGUUGGCUACUACAGAGUUAGCAACAGCCCCACCCAUUCGCUUGGAGGCUCAUCUCAUCACUCGGGCGGUGGCAGUCCACGCGCUAGCGGACAGCUACAACAUCCUCAGCAAUACUACGACCCGCGGUAUCAAGCCGUUUACGAGAACAUAGACUACUAUCCUCCUGCUCAACCUCAACAGAUAGACGCGCUCAUGUACGAAAGAAAAUUUGAAUCCAACAACGUCAAAGCUCAGCCUCAAGUUCCUGUUGGAUCAGGAAUGUCCCAUCUACCACCUAACGGUAAUGCCGGUCGCUACGCUCACACUCCUCAGCCACCAGAACUUCAUGAACAGCCUCCCAUCUACGAGAACCUCCAAACAGCAUCCGGACAGCAGGCUCAACCUCAAGCUACCAAGGCUUCCGCGCAAAUCUACUACCACCGAAAUGACACCAGUAGUCCUCAGGUCCCUCACAAUCCACAUUAUCAACUCCCCGAACUUCCCAUAUACGAAACAACCGUUGUCAACCCCAGUGCAAACUCCAGGUACGUCACCGCAGGUCAAGGACCACCGCCAGGACCAUACCAUCAUUCGCCGAGCAACAGCAACGUCUCCCUCAAAAUCGCCCAGCAACCACAGCCCGUGCACUUGCCCAACGUCAAAUACCAAGCCACCGGAGUCCCACUCUCCGCAGCUAUCCCCAAUGACUACCAAAAGUCUCCCAAGCACACGUCAGCCCCAUCACUGCCACCAAAAUCAGCCGACGCCAUCAAGUACCAACAGCAAGGUGCGAAAACUAAUUCCCCAUCGCGCAGCAGCUCCAUAUCCGGUUCCAGCUCGUUGAACAAGUCCUUCAUCGAGGACAUCAACGGGUCGGACUACGUGUGCAUGACCGGCGGAAACAAGUACCAACACCAGCAGCAGUACUCCACAUCCAGCCAAUCGUCACACCACCAAUACACCGCAAAACCUCCGACAACGAUCGCAUCCUCAUCCGCCGGAAGUGCCACGACGCCGUCAGGUGGCCCCGUCACCAGCAGACCUUCCCCAAAUCCUCCCCCGACAUCGCAGCCUUCCGCCGGACCACCACCCGGCAGCAAACCGAACAGCGCGCAGAGCUCCUUCUCCGGCGGCCCGGCGCCACAGAGCCGUGCGCCUUCCGCAGUUUCGCCAACGCCAUCGCAACUUAGCACCGGAAGCGGUUCCGGCAAACGGUUAACGAAGAACCUCCUGCCGUACAACGUGACACCGCCGCGCCCUACCGGACCGACCGAGGCGGAGCGGAAGAUCGAGGAGCUCACCCGGCAGCUGGAGGAGGAGAUGGAGAAGAACGAAGAGCAGGGAGAGUACUUCGGCAUCUGCCACACCUGCAAGGAGAAGGUAACCGGUGCCGGAGCGGCCUGCCAAGCCAUGGGCAACCUCUACCACACCAACUGCUUCAUCUGCUGCUCCUGUGGGCGUGCCCUCCGGGGAAAGGCCUUCUACAACGUGCACGGCCGGGUCUACUGCGAGGAAGACUACAUGGUAAAUUACUCCGGCUUCCAGCAGACGGCGGAAAAGUGUGCAAUCUGCGGACACCUUAUCAUGGAAAUGAUCCUGCAGGCGAUGGGAAAAUCGUACCAUCCGGGUUGCUUCCGGUGCUGCGUGUGCAACGAGUGCCUGGACGGUGUUCCGUUCACGGUGGAUGUGGAUAACAAGAUCUACUGCGUCAACGAUUACCACAGCAUGUUCGCGCCGAAGUGUGCCAGCUGUGGCAAAGGAAUCACCCCGGUCGAGGGAACGGAGGAAACGGUCCGGGUGGUCGCCAUGGACAAGGACUUCCACGUGGAUUGCUACAUCUGCGAAGAGUGCGGCAUGCAGCUAACGGACGAACCGGACAAACGGUGCUACCCGUACGAAGGCAGACUCAUGUGCCGAUCGUGUCACAUACAGAAAAUUUCCAUACAGGACAUGCAGCACGGUCGGAUUGUGGAACCGGUCUGCGCCACGUACCAGUACAUGGCAUAAAUAGCUAUUUUGAAUUUAUACGUAACGCGUACACUCCUCAAAAUCAAUUAUACAUUUUACCCGGCGGGCUGGAAACUUAUCAAGAAGUAUGUACGUUGAAAAGCGGCAAUCGCAUUUACAAAUCGUAGAAUGAAGUAAGUGUGCGGAACACUGCCAAAAACCGCGGGAUAAUACCUAGGAGAUCGAUCAAAAGAUUAUACAUUUCCAAAUGGCAGCUGCCAAUCUUAAGGCAGCUGUCGAAAGUCAAUAUUAUUGUGCAAAUUUCCUUCCCAUUAUUUAAUCAUCGUCGUUAUCAUCCAACUUACAGUCUAUGCUAUAUAUUGACCUAGCCGUAUGUUCCAUCACGUAACGUAUUGGAAACCGCGAGAAUUAUGCAUAAAAAUACUUGAUACUCACGAGAACUUCAAAAAAGAUACAUUCCAUCAAACCGCCACGGUGUCUGCUCUAUAGUAUAUUACAGGUAAGUAGUGGUGGCAAAACUCCAGAUUCGCGAUAGAACGCCAUUUUAUCGGCAGCUUAAUCCAUUUGUUGCAGAACGUGCGAACAAAACACGAAUUGAUAUGAUACAUGACUAUUACAAUAUAAACGAAUAUGAUUAUUAU